AUGACACAUUCAUACCACAACUUGGCCAAUGCAAACGAGCUUGGUAACAAUGGAUUGAUUUUGGUUGACACCCACCGUGAUCGUGAUUUUGAUGCUUAUCAACCAUGUAUGGACACGGGGCUGCCUAUGCCCACCACGACUCAUCCUCAAUACGACCGGAGUGGGAGUCAGUCCUGGGUGUAUCUAGUCUCAAAUACCGACCAACCCUGUGCAUGGAACAUCGCUCAACUAAAUCAUUUGGCCCAGGUUCCAAUUUGCAACGGCACGAAUUACCUUACGGUCGAGGGAUACAAUGUCACUGAGGUCUCUCACACGAGCGCUCCCUAUACCGGAUACGAUCCCCAUACAUUUAUGGCCGUCCCUUCCGGACAUACACAUAUGAACCUACAGGCAUCCAGCGGGGGCUAUACUCAGUCCGGGGAACAGGCGACAUCUUAUAAAUAUCUCCAGCAUCGGCCAAGCCAGGGACACCAUACAAUGCCACUGGAAGAACUGCAGCCACAGGCACCGAUUGACAUUUUCUGA